AUGAAUUCAACGGUCGUUCCUGCAUUCUACAAAUGGAACGUAGAUGAUUUAUUUUUAGAGUUGGAGAGCAUUACCGUAUCCUCUCUGUCAGAUCGCAGAAAGCUCUACAUUCAUGGUGUGGAAAGCAUCAAACAUCCGUCCCAGCGUGGUGUAGCAGGUUACAUGGGUUCCACACCUCCGAACAACUUGUCAAGCUUCAGAUCGCCAACAUCUUGCCUCCAAUCUCUUGCACUUGGCAAAACCACUCGCCAGCCUCGUCUUUCCGUCUCUUCAAGUAAUAUACCCGCUUUCCGCUCCGCAUCUUCUGCGUCCGUGGCGCAGAUUACGAAUGUGGUGAGGUAG